AUGAGUGGUCGUUACAAUAACUGCCCCGAUAAUAGCUUGGCUAAAUCGAACUUUCACCGUGUCCAGCUUUCCGGCAGGACGGCCUGCGUAAAAUUCCAAUCUAUCGAAUCUUCCAUUCUUGAGCUGGGCAGCAGGGGCACGCCCCAGGGCUCGGUGUUGUCCCCCCUCCUCUUUAACGUGGCCAUGUGCGCGCUCCCCGGGCAGUUGGAACGCAUCGAGGGGCUACAAUUCAGCCUCUACGCAGAUGACAUUACCUUAUGGGUCAACCAGGGUAGUGACUCGGAAAUUGAACAAAGACUCCAGGCGGCGACCGACACAAUCGUGAGGUACGCGGCCGAGCGAGGAUUGGCUUGUUCGCCACAAAAAUCGGAACUAUUCGUCUACAACACUAGGCAUCUCCGGUGUAAGGCACCGUCGGAUAUUCUAAUUCAGGUAGCGGGAGCAGAGGUCCCAAAAGUAGAACAGAUACGAAUUCUCGGCCUAGUUCUCCAGUCUCACGGCCACAACGGAGAGACUCUAAAGCGACUGGAGAGCCACGUGAUGCAGACACUGAGCCUCAUCAGGCGGGUUGCGAGCAAAGGGCGAGGAUUAAAAGAAAAGAAUUUAAUGAGGCUGGUACAAGCUUUCAUAUUCAGCAGAGUUAGCUACUCUACGCCUUAUCUCGACUUAAAGUCGGCAGGAAAGAUGAAAAUUGACGGAUUAAUACGUAGAUGCGUCAAGCGCGCGCUGGGCCUGCCCACGUGCGCAUCCACGGAGCGACUUUUGGCGCUCGGGAUGCACAACACGUGGGUGGAACUGGCGGAAGCGGUGCGCACAUCUCAGAUUGAGAGAUUGUGCGCCACAAAAACGGGCAGGACUAUCCUGGCUAAAGUAGGAAUCAAUCCGCACAGGGGCCCAAUCCUGAGGGCAGAAAUUAAGGAGGGAAUCAGAAGCUGGCUAACCAUCCCCCCUUUACCUAAGAAUAUGCAUCCCGAGCAUAAUAAGAUCAGAAGAGAGAAGAGAGCAGAGGCCAUUAGUCUCCGGUAUAGGGAGCUGCCCUCGGAGCAGGUAGCGUAUGUGGACGCCGCUUGUGGCCACGACGGACGUGCGGUAGCCGCGGUGGUUGAUGGCCGCGGAAAUGCCGUUACGGCAGUCUCCUUAAGGACGCGCUCUGCUGAAGUGGCGGAGGAAGUUGCGGUAGCAUUGGCUUGCGUCGGCACAGAAGCAAAUUUCAUCAUAAGCGACAGUAAAACUGCCAUCCACAAUUUUAGUGCAGGCAGAAUCUCGCCUGCGGCGGCGAAGAUUCUCGAUCAGCGACAAAUUGCGAGGAAAAUUACGUUGAUCUGGACACCGGCACAUGCCUCCGUCCCCGGCAACGAGGCGGCUCACGAGCUAGCUCGAGGUUUAUACCACCGGGCUGGUGAGGACCCCCUCUGGCAAGGGAGCGGUGAACGCAUGGUAAAAUAUGGGGAAAUUACUCAACAUUACAGAUUGGAACGUAGGCUGGUACCCCCACCAGACCCGUCAUUAAAUAAUACGCAGGCAGUCGCGUGGCGACGACUCCAAACAUACACGUACCCACACCCAAUCCUGGUGAACCACAUGUUCCCGGAUAUAAGAUCAGACGAGUGUACACACUGCGGGUUGAGAGGGUCCCUCGACCAUAUAAUCUGGGAAUGCUCAAAUUCUCCUGGGAGGGCGCUAAAUAUCGCUUCUAAAGAAUCCUGGGAGACCCUGCUGCGCAGUUCGGACCCUGAGCUCCAGCUCCGCCUCGUCCGACUGGCUGAAGAGGCCGCCGGGACACAAGACCUCCUGGCCAGCAUCUAAA